AUGCAAGAUGCGUACUGGAUCCGGGAAUUUGUGACAUUCGAUCAGUGGCCCAAGAAUCCCAUGCGCAGGUCUGAAUGGAACACGAACUCCGCGGUUGCUUCCUGCGAAGCUCAGCGCUCCGUGGGUUGUUGCUUCGUGGGCGCCAUCCGCCUGGAGAAGGAACCAGUUCGAGGGUACUCCUUCGUCGUGGAGCACGAUGUGCCCGCACAUUCUGUCCUCCUCAUUGAGAAGCCGUUGCCCUUGAAGUGUGACGUACCGCUUUGUUAUCAUCCGCGAACUGCUAAGGCUGUUCCUGCAUCUCUAUACUUCUUCCCACUCUUCUUGAUUCCUGGACACUUGCUUGAGAAGUUGCCUCGCUUCAUGCGAACCCUUCGUGCACGUCUCAACAGAUUCGAAGCACUGUAUGGCUUGGGGACGGUCUUCAACCACUCUUGCAGACCGAACGCCCGCAGACUGACCGAUGCAGACGAGAACGUUAGCAUCAUUGCUGCCAGCCGCGACAUCCCGGCUGGCGAGGAGGUGACCUUGCCUUAUCAAGACUUCGGCCCAUCUUCCAGUGCCUGGUUUCGACGGCUUGUGCUUUAUUACGGGUUUGGUUUCUGGUGUUGGUGCCCAUGCUGUACUUCUGACCAGAAGGCUCGCUCGGAGCACGCAUCAGAGGACGAGAUUGCCGAUAUCGUACUGCACACACGGAGCCUGCUGUGCGAGGAGGAGGACAUCACUGAAACCAAGCUCAAGGUGAAAGCUUGGAAGUCCUGGUCGUUUAUCCUCUACUCCACUUUGCUGCUUGCGGGACCUCCGUUCGUGGCUGGUGCGGCUCUCGUGGCAAGUGUCCCUUCUCUGAGAGUUGGCAAGACUAUCGCAGUUGAGCUCAGCACCUUCUAUGUCGUUCUGUCCGUCUUCCUGUGGAAGAGAAAGCUUGCAACCAUGGUGCCAGCAUGUGCCAGCCAGCCACUGCGCUCCAUCUAUGGACAGCGGCACACGCCACAUUGCUGGAAUGUCCCUUCAGCGACUCGGUAUCAGCGCGAUCCUGUACCAUUUGCGCAGCGGAGCGCGGAAGACAUGCUGGAGUGCUGGCAGGCCGAGUGGGACUUGGCCAAGAAGCGGCCACGACCCGCACCUCCGGGAGCAGAGAGGCACGGCAGCGCUCUCAGCGCGCUCCGCUUCGUGGCUCUCUUUUCGGGAAAGCCUCGACGAGGCCAUGGCAGCAUUAAGGGAUACUUCCGAGGGUUUCGCGACAUUGAUGAGGUCCGCAGACUUCAGUCGGGAAAGGAAGAUCCGGGGAACGCACCUCCAAUGAGGGCUCUACCAUUGGCUUUCAUUGAGAACAACUCCCUCAGAGAGAAGCUGUCCGUGAUGAAUGCAAACUCGACGCAUCCACAUGCUCGGGCACGUGCGGCGAGCUUCCUGGUGGCAGAGGGUGCUCGGUGGUUGAUCGUGGAGCGCGGCGACCAGAAGGAGGUCAUAGGCAGGGCCUUGUCAAGGCUGCAGAACAGCAGUGUCAGUGACCGUGCCACAGAGGUGCAUUUGCAGAAGAUCGACGAGCUGGAGGACUACCACGACUGGGGUGGCCGCUUCCGGAAAAUGCCCGCUCACAGGCACGAGCUGCUUUGCGGUCCACAGCCGUGCCCCCCAGCUGAUGGCAUCGGAGCCGGAGAAGAUGGCUCCAGCAAGAUGCAUGGCCUUUGGUCCGAUGCCAUGAGAACUGCAGCUGUUGUGCUCUACCUCUUGAAGCAUCAUCGCGGUCCUUUAGACAUUCUCAGGGCAUCGGUCGACAUCGGCGGUGACGUUGAUUCCAUUGCCGCCCUGUGCUUGGGGGUUGUGGGUGGCUCGGUUGGCUUGGAUUUCGGAGAGCCUCACGGUUUGCCAUGGUUCCUCCUUGAAGAAGUCGAGGGUGUGGAAUAUCUGCAUGCCAGAGGGAAGAAGUUCGAGGAGUGGAUCGGAAAUCAGGAGACAGCAUGA